GCGAAGGCUGCCACGGCCGCACCGUGUGUCUCUGAGGACAGCGCCCGCCGUUGGUUGGUUGGCUGCCUGCCUGCCUGCCUUGUCCCGCGGGGGCGACGCGCCGCGAUCCGGUCGCCGCCUCUGGUCUCCUACCUGCCGCGGCGCCGGCGGAGCACCGGACCGCGCGGUGGAAAGCGAGGUGGUGGUUUCUAGGGAGCCAUUGGUGAUUGGUGCCUCUCGCGUAGGAGGUUGGGGGGGGGGGGGGAGAGCGGUGGCUUUAUUACCGCCCGCGCGGGGGCAUUAACGCCGGGCUCUGCCGCCUUGGCAUGCGGAUAAGCACGACGCCAUGGGAGGACGCCGCUGACCUCGAUGCAGGGUGGGGAAGGACAACGCGGUGGCGAAAUGAUGCGGCACAGCGAGAAGCGGCAUUUCUUCCCGCUCACCAGCUUGCAAAUCGGGGAUUUACAGUCAUAUCUUGCAAAACUGACUAUAUUUUUGUGCCCUGAUACCAAGAAGUUCUUUAUAUUGCUCGACAACCACCCAUGGUUGCUAGAUCAGGACACAAGACCUGCUCACCUAUGGCAGCUGAUGGUUACCAAGUCAAGGCUAUCCCCUUUUGCAAACACUAGAACAAGGAGAAAGCAAGAUGAAACUGGUGGAAAGCUUGUAUUCUCAGAAAUCCCGAUAUCUGCCCCCCACCUGUGGAAUAAAUCUUCUAUAUGGUAUUCCUUGAUUGAUGAGGCCAUGCGGGAAAAGAAGCUUCAAGUAAAUAAGUUGAAGGAUUCUCGCCUACUGAACAAGGAGCUGCAUCAAACUUUAUAUGGUUUUAUUAUUUUUGAGGUAGACUGGGCUGACGUGCGUGGCAUCAAUUACUUGAAUGAACUUCAGACCGAUACAUCAAUGGUUGUGGAAUCUAAAAUAAUGAAGAGAUGGGAAUUUGAAAGUGUCAAUCAAGCUUCAUCAUUAAUCACUUCUUGGUUCUCAGGAAAUCACUCUGAAUGCCAGCUCUUACAAGACUACUUGAACAGCAUCUCUUCUAAUGGUGAUGUGUUUUAUGAUGCUCAGAAAGAUUUCUUAACAACUGAAUGGGACAGCGAGAGUUUACCGAGUGAUAAUGAUGAUUCUUGUCAUGCUCAAUGCAUCAGAGAGUCAUCAAGUUUCACAUGCUCAUCUUGCACACCACCUCCUUGCUCUGGACCUUACAAGAGAAGAAAAAUAACAAAAUCUUAUGCUGGAAGUAGUAUGUCUGAAGAAUCAUACUCAGAAAUUGUGACCUCACCAAGAUACUCUUCAUCGUCGUGUUCAUCAUGUGGCAGUGAUAACGAGAGUGCUAAGCCUCUGUUAGAGCCUAGCACAUAUAAGGAUGUACUGAUCUGUUUCCGCUUCAAUGAUCAUGACCUCCCAUUCAGACUGAAAGAAGUUAUACUUUCUGACGUGAGACUGUUAACGUUACUUGAGUAUGGCCUUCCUACAUGGGUCAUCUUUCUUCAGUCAUAUCCAGUGUUCUGCAAGAUAUAUCGCCCAUGGAUGUGCCCUCUCGCCAGAGCAUUGUAUGUCUUGAUGUCAAUAAUUACUGUCCUUAUAGGAUUUUAUGACCUCUACAAGAAUGUCCCCAUGUUGAAGGCAACUGCCUCAAGAUUGUUUGGCCCUUUAUUUGACUGGAUAGAAACGUGGGAAAUGAUAUCACGACUUAAGUAUCUGGGAACUAUGCUUUUUCUGCAUAACUUCCAGCAGGCUUUUACAUGGUCUCUUAAGAUUGUGAAUGCUGCUAAGUCUGCUCUUAAUGUUUUGACAAAGCCAAUUUUGGGACCAAUUUUGGAGUUUUUUGAAUUUACCCUGCCAAUAUGGAACCUUUGUGCUGAGACAGUAGGAUAUCUGAGCUCAGUUGUCAUGGUAUCGUUGGAGACGUCAUGGAGUGUAGUUUCUGAUACAGUGCAGAUGAUUAUCUGGCCAUUUUGGUUUGUCUUUAGUACUGUGCUUAACAUUGUAAAUGCAAUUAUGUACCCUGUAAUUUGGCUCCUUGGAGAGAUACUGGCUACACCUUUCCGAUUUGUCGUUGGGCUAUCUAGUUUUGUAGCAGACCUUUUUGUUGAUAUUGUCAGUGUUCUAAGGCAGACCUGGUCAGCAAUAAGUGCAUUAUAUCAAGUUGGAUCUGUGCCCAGAUCACCUGGGCUUACAUCUGAAACUAGCAUUUGGGGGUCACUCUGGAAAGAUCUUCUUUAUCAGAUUUUCCGUGCAAUCCGGAGCAUUUUGUAUGGUUUUGUUGCCUUUUUUUCAACAUGUAAUAGGCACCGGCUCAGCAUUUACAAUCACAUUGAAGUAUUUCUCCGGAGCUUAUCUCAUGUCUCCACUGGUGCACGACAUACCACCUCUCGCGAAGGAGCUCGAAAGUAUACUAGCCAAAAUUAUCCUAGAAGGAAAAGUAGGACGAGAUAACAGUGUAGUUGGGAGGUUAACAUAAGCAAGUAACAUGCUAAUUCAGGGAAAAUCCUUAGAAGGCAAAAAAGAAAACAAUAUAAGCCAAUCAAAAUAUGGAGACUGGAGAGAGAACAAUCAGUAACUGAGUGGAAAUUCUACGCGGUUGGGGCCUUCAUAACAAGAUGACCUUGGAACAGUCAUGUACAGGACUCAUACAUCAACGCUGAAAGUUCCGUUACAUAGCUCUAACCAGCAGUUUCCUUCUGUACCAAGUACCGGCAAGCAGUGAAGCAAAACACUGCAACUGUACAUAAGCGGGCCUUCUUACUGUUGUUCGUUGUCAUAGCUUGUAUUGUAGGCUUGUGCAUAUCCUCCUAUAAUAUCCCCUCUGAACAACAAUUUUGUAAUGUAUGUCUCCAGCAUUUAUGCAGUGUUCAGUUUCCUUGAAAAAGUUGCGCCAUUCGUUCAUUUUA